UUUACUACUGAGGAGCUUUUUCACCGCGAGCGCGAUAACGGGAGAAGAGCGCGGACGACGGACGGACGGAAGGGACGUAACGUUUCUCACAGGGAAGACUCCGCGCUGUGCAGCCGCCGCUCGCGCGCAAGGAUGAAAACGGGCUUGGUUCUGUUCUUGCUCGGAUCUGUUCUUCUGGACACGUCUCGGGGCACGCGCGGGGAGAUGCGGCUGAAAGCCCAGUGCACGCCGGGAUUUUCACAAAGUUUUUACGCUCUGCGCCUUUCAAGGAGCAUGCUGGAAGGCCGCAGCUUGCUGAAAGAUACUAUGCUGGCAUCGAAAGAAGUUCACUUCAAUGAUUGUUUGGGGAACCAGGGUGUGCAGUUGGAGAGCAGUAAUCCUGGUUUCCGGGUGGAGGCAGAUGGCUCUGUCUACACCCAGACAGAGGUGGAGGAGUCCAGGCUGAGAAGCCCCAUCAACAUUACAGUGACAGCACACACACACACGUGGGAGACUACUGUUGAGCUGGAACUUGAGGGACAGGAGCGAAUGGCAGGUAAUUCCACUGGAGAGGACGACACCGGGCCGCAUCCCGACUCACAGCCCCUGCCUGUGCCUAUCAGGUUUCCAAGGCAACACAACUCCAGUGACUCCACUGGUCUGAGGCGUCAGAAGCGAGACUGGGUCAUCCCACCAAUCAACGUGCCCGAAAACUCGCGAGGGCCCUUCCCCCAGAUGCUCGUCAGCAUCCGCUCGGAUAAGGAUCGCUCCAUCAACAUCAGGUACAGCAUCACAGGGGUGGGGGCGGACCAGCCCCCUAACGAGGUGUUCAGCAUCGACCCCGAGAGAGGCAAGAUGUACGUCACCAAACCCCUGGACAGAGAAGAGCGCUCCUCCUACCACCUGCGAGCGCACGCAGUGGACAUGAAUGGUAACCAGGUGGAGCAGCCCGUGGAUCUCUACAUCUUCGUCAUCGACAUGAACGACAACCGGCCCGAGUUCAAAAACCAGGUGUACAACGGAUCCGUGAUGGAAGGAUCCAAACCAGGUACCACGGUGAUGACUGUAACAGCACACGAUGCUGAUGACAUCACCACGUCUAAUGGGAUGGUGCAUUACCGCAUCCUCCAGCAGAGCCCACACAGCCCAAUCCCCAACAUGUUCACCAUUAACAGAGAGACAGGGGACAUCGUAACUGUGGCGGCCGGACUGGACCGAGAGAGAGUUGCUCAGUACACAGUGAUUGUGGAGGCCACAGACAUGGAAGGAAACCUGAACUUUGGCCUGUCCAGCACAGCCACGGCGAUCAUCGCCAUCACCGACAUCAACGACAACCCACCAGAGCUCACCCAGACCACGUUUUCCGGCGAGGUUCCGGAGAACAGCGUGAAUGUGGUGGUGGCCAAUCUCACAGUGCAGGACAAGGACGAGCCCAGGACGCCCAACUGGAACGCCGUGUACCGGAUCGUGAGCGGAGACGCUAGCCGCCACUUCGCCAUCCGUACCAACCCCGAGAACAACGACGGCAUGGUAACCGUGGUGAAGCCAGUGGAUUUCGAGACCAACCGGGCUUUCAUGCUGACCGUGGUGGUAUCUAACCAGGCCUCCCUAGCCGAAGGCAUCCAGUCUUCUCUCCAGUACACUGCUGGGGUCACCAUCUCAGUCAAGGACGUUAACGAGGCGCCCGUCUUCCCCGACAACCCCAAGAUGGUGCGCUUUGAGGAGGGCGUGCCCACCGGAACCGUCCUCACCACGUUCUCGGCCAAGGACCCAGACUUGUUAAUGCAACAGACGAUCCGGUAUGCUAAGCUGUCAGACCCUGCAAACUGGCUUAUUAUCAAUUCGACCAACGGGCAAAUCACCACGUCGGCGGUCCUGGAUCGAGAGUCCGUCUACGUGAAGAAGAACACCUAUGAAGCUACCUUCUUGGCUGCGGACAACGGAUCCCCUCCAGCGAGUAGCACUGGCACCCUGCAGAUCUACCUGAUCGACGUGAACGAUAACGCCCCCUCCCUGGUUCCGCGGGAGGCCCAGGUGUGUGAGAGGUCCUACAGCAGUUACGUCAACAUCACGGCGGCGGACGCCGACGCCGACCCCAACGUGGGCCCCUUCGUCUUCGAGCUGCCUGUCCACCCCUCCACCAUCCGCCGGAACUGGACCGUAUCCCGUCUCAACGGAGACUAUGCCCGGCUGGGUCUGAGGAUACAGUUCCUGGAGUCAGGUGUGUACGAAGUUCCUGUCCUGGUGUCAGACUCUGGAAACCCCCCGCUGUCCAACCGCUCGGUGAUCAAGGUGAAGGUGUGUCCGUGCGAUGAGCACGGGGACUGCACAGUGGCGGGAGCUGUCGCGGCCGCCGGCCUGGGCACCGGAGCCAUCAUAGCCAUUCUGAUCUGCAUCGUUAUCCUGCUCAGCAUGGUUCUGCUCUUUGUGCUGUGGAUUAAGAGGAGACAGAAGGAGAGGCAGAACAAGCAGCUUCUAAUUGACCCCGAGGACGACGUCAGAGACAACAUCCUGAAAUACGACGAGGAGGGUGGAGGAGAAGAGGACCAGGACUACGACCUAAGCCAACUCCAGCAGCCCGACUCCCUGGAGCACAUCAUGUGCAAGUCGGCUGGCGUCCGGCGCGUAGACGAGAGGCCUGUGGUGUCCGAGUCCCAAUACCCCCUGCGGCCUGUGCUUCCCCACCCUGGGGACAUCGGAGACUUCAUCAAUGAGGGCCUGAGAGCAGCAGACAACGACCCAACGGCGCCGCCCUACGACUCGCUGCUGGUGUUCGACUACGAGGGCAGCGGUUCCACGGCUGGGUCUGUCAGCUCCCUCAACUCCUCCAGCAGUGGCGAGCAGGACUACGACUACCUCAACGACUGGGGUCCGCGCUUCAAGAAGCUGGCCGACAUGUACGGGGGUGGAAACGACGACUAGCAGGGGGGGCGAAGGCCCUUGACUCCCCCAUGUGUCACCUGACCUGCAACGCCCUCCAAUCACGGAGCAAAACUCUCCCAAACGCACCUACCAACACCGCCAACAGCCACUUGCCUGCUGCGCUCCAGAGAGUCCUUGUACAGAGAGAGACAGCCUUGUAAACCUUCCUCUCCCACCGAAACAACCUUUUCUCCCUCUGAUUAUUUGGUUUUGGCCACUUCCUUGUUUUCUUUUGGUUUUUUUUUCUUUGUGUUGUUUUAUAUUCGAGUUUGGGUUCAUGCUCACCACUCUGUAGUAUUUUCUGGAAUGUUCCUUUGUUUUCGAUGAGGCAACUGUCUGCAGGCAUGAAGAGAGAGAACAAAGAGCAGCCAUCACACUCACACACACACAC